UCGUUUUGUCAUUUGCCAUUUUCUUUUUCCGCCAGAACUUCGCCGGUCUGUAUUGGAUCCUUCUGGAUCUGUUAGGUUUUUUCCGUAAAGACGAGUUUCGAGUGCUUUUUGCUUUUCCUUCGCAUUGCGGCGGCAAGCAGUUGCUUGGUUUGAUACUUUUUGUCACAACCUCGCAGUAUUGUUUUUUGGGAAUAUUCUAGAUUGAGAUUCUGGGUUUCAAGUGAUUUUGCUUUUCGUGCACAUUCCGUUGCCGACACUCUUUGCAGACGAUGUCUAACGAGUCGACCGGCAUUACCAUCAAAGAAGAGGCAUCAUCAAGCGGUAGUGCACAAACUCCCACAGACGCGAGCAGCGGAGCAGAGACAAAGAAACCGGAGAAUCAGUCGGAAAAGGCAGAGUCGCAGCUUGCGGGCGGAAGCGGGUCACAAGCAGAGUCCAGCGACAGCCAUUUGCAGCGUCUGCAAAGUUUGCGCAAGGAAUUGAGCUACAUCAGCGAAACGGAUUGGAUGUACGAGAGCCUGGAAAAGAAGCCGCAACAGUAGAAGACCAACGAAAAAC